AUGUGGUCUCUGACUUACGAGACGUUGACCGGACGGAGAUACGAUAGGUCACAGACGGCCUCGUCGAAUUCAUCGACAGAUGGUGGAGCGUCAGAAAUCUCCAGCCCAGAUACUGUAUCUCCACCCCUACCCUCCCCACCACCGUCUCGGCCACCUUCGCGAGUGCGAACGUUCACUAAGAAUUUGGCUGCGGCACGAUACCACCCGUCUUCUCGACCUACCAUUCCACAAGACUUCCGUCGACCAGUUCCUAGACAGCAUCUACCAAUAACCUCUCCAAUUGCACCAGAGCCGCGGCGCACGCAACCGCAAGACCCGCCACCAAACUUCAUAGCUUCACGCGCAUCGUCACGUCCAAUAGCACCCCUACCGCCGCCACCGCCACCACCAUCACAUCCAUUACCAGAGCACACUGUUCACCUUCACAGAAAGUCCUCGGGUCCCGAGCCUUCCCGAAUACCCGUCAAACCGAGUGAGGUGCAAGUCGACCAAUCAUCCGCAGCACCGUUUGGACUAGUUUCUCCACCACCAUCAGAUGCGACUACCCCUUCUACACCACCCACAGUCGCGUCCGUCUCCCGCUUGCAUCCACAGGUGGAGGCGGCCAUGGCAAGACAUGCCCACCAGAGGACGGACUCUCUACCGAGGAGGACGUAUGUCAGUAUGGAACAUAUCCAUAUGAGGCGGCAUAGAGAAAAAGUGAAGGCGGAUCGGUUGAAAGGCAUGGAGGAAAUGCAGAAGGAGUAUUACAAAAUGAAACGUAGAACGGGCUAUAGUUCCGAUUUCAACACAUUCAAAGGUUUUAUGGGCUACCAAGCACUCCUGGAUGCCUCGGAUAGGCGAAGGGUCUUGUCACCAUCUCACUCCCUUACGGACUUACGGGGCAAGAGGAACAUAGCGCCUGCAAAUCGGAGAUACUCUGACUCCGCGAAUGUCACACCUGAAUUCCUGUUACGCGCAAUAUACAAGGCGAGAGAAAGCCUAAACGCUCCGCCGGUCAAACCAUUCACCCCAUCGCUAGACCGACUACGAAGCAUUAACCGUGCCAGAGACGAGGCGAUCGAGCGCCAGCUGCACGGUCCGAAACCCUUACCCUCAUCGCUACCCCCCGAGGACGAAGCGGCCGUCAAGGCGCUCCUCGCAAAGAAGGGUGUGAUCGCAAAGUGCGGGCGGGAGCAGGUGACAGAUUUAGACAUCAUGCGGCUCAAGCCUCUCACGUGGCUGAACGACGAGAUCAUCAACUUCUACGGGCAGAUGCUCUUGAACCGGUCCGAGGAGAGCAAGGAGAAUGUAGCCGCCAACGGGCGGAAAGUGCUGAACAUCCACUAUUUCAACACGUUCUUUUGGGCCAAGCUCACGGACGACGGUUAUGAGAAGGGGAGGCUGGCGAAGUGGACAAAAAAGUUCGACAUCUUCGAGAAGGACGUUGUGCUCAUACCCGUCAAUCAUAAAAACUUGCACUGGAGUGCUGCUGCGAUUAACUUCCGUAGGAAGCGGAUCGAGUCAUACGACAGUAUGGGGCCGAGGCGAUCAGUGUGCAAGUAUAUAAGAGAAUACCUCGAUGCCGAACAUAGAAACAAGAAAAGAAGACCGUUCGAUUUCACUGGUUGGCAAGACUACAAUAUGCCGGAUAUAAUACAAGAGAAUGGGUCGGACUGCGGAGUGUUUGCCUGCCAGUUCAUGGAAUCAUUAUCCAGAGGGCAGGAGACUUUUGUGUUCACGCAGGCUGAUAUGCCGUAUCUUCGCCGACGGAUGAUAUGGGAGAUUGGAAACGUCAAGCUACGCGACGACACAUAG